CCAGAUCGACCGCCAGAUUUUGGAGCUUCCGGCCGCAGGGGCAGCAACGGGGCGACGUUGCCCCGCCGCCCGGCCCCGCUUCCUCCUCGCCGCUGGAUUUCCUCCUUGCUAUUUUGCUCCUUUCCCUCGCAGCGGAGCUUUCCAACUUUCCUCAGCACAAAGACCCGCAACGGCCCGAGAAUGCCCGCCGCCCUGGCGUUCCUCGCGGUGGGCGGCUGCUUCCUGGCCCUGGCAGAGGAGGAAUUAGAUUACACCAUUACAAUGGAGGACCAGAUUUAUCUUCUUCUGGAUGCCAAAGUUCAGUGUGAAGAAAACAUCACAUCUCAAAUACAAGAAGAAAGAGGAGAUGAGUGCUUUCCAGAAUGGGAUGGUCUAAUCUGCUGGCCCAGGGGGUCAGCAGGAAAAACCUUAGCGGUGCCCUGCCCUCGUUAUAUCUAUGAUUUUAAUCACCAAGGUAUGGCCUUCCGACACUGUGAUUCAAAUGGAACAUGGGUUUAUGUGCACAGUUUAAACCGGACAUGGUCUAAUUAUUCUGAGUGCCUCCGUUUCCUGCAAACAGAAAUCAGCCCAGGAAAGAGGGAAUUCUUUGAACGUCUCUCUGUCAUGUACACAGUGGGAUACUCCAUUUCCUUCUCCUCUCUGGCUGUGGCUAUUUUCAUCAUUGGCUACUUCAGGAGGCUCCACUGCACCCGGAAUUGUAUACAUCUGCAUUUGUUUGUCUCUUUCAUGCUCAGAGCUACCAGUAUUUUUAUUAAAGAUAAAGUUCAUCCUCAUUUUGGAAACAAAGAGUUUGACUCACUACUCACAAAUGACCUACAAAGUAUUGUACAGACUCCAGUCAUGGACAGAUCUCAGUAUGUGUGGUGCAAGAUUACUGUGGUGAUCUUUAUUUACUUCUUGGCAACAAACUACUAUUGGAUCUUGGUUGAAGGCCUCUAUCUGCACAGCUUAAUAUUUGUGGCUUUCUUUUCGGAUACCAAGUACCUAUGGGGUUUUAUCUUAAUAGGCUGGGGUUUCCCAGCUGUCUUUGUAGUGGCCUGGGCAGCAGUCAGAGCAGCAGUGGCAGAUGCAAGAUGCUGGGAGCUUAGUGCUGGAAACAUAAAAUGGAUAUACCAAGCUCCAAUUUUAGUGGCUAUUGGGCUAAACUUUGUUCUCUUCCUGAACACUGUGCGGGUGCUGGCAACGAAAAUCUGGGAGACUAAUGCUGUUGGCUACGAUGUCAGGAAACAAUAUAGAAAACUAGCAAAAUCCACCUUAAUUCUGAUCCUUGUCUUUGGUGUGCAUUACAUUGUCUUUGUGUGCCUGCCUCACACAUUCACUGGAUUAGGCUGGGAGAUCCGGAUGCACUGUGAACUCUUCUUCAACUCGUUCCAGGGCUUUUUUGUUUCCAUCAUCUACUGCUACUGUAAUGGAGAGGUCCAGGCUGAGCUCAAGAAGACAUGGGCUAAAUGGAACUUUGUUAUGGACUGGAAGAGGACUGUUCCUUGUGGGAAUUCUCACUAUGCUUCUGUCCUCACUAAUGCGACCCAGAGCACCAGCAGUCAAGCUCAGAUGGGUGCCAGCUCCCGCAUGAGGCUGAUUUCCAGCCAUGCAUGCAGGAAUGCCAUAGGACAGAAUGAUGCUCAUAUAAAUUUGCCUGGGUAUGUUAGGAGCAACUCUGAACAUGACUGUAUGCCCCACUGGGCUCAGGAAGUGGCUGAUGAAGAUGAAGAGAAAAGGCUGGAUGGUAUUUCUCUAAAGAAGCCUUUUAGACUUCAGAACAAUCGCACAGGUUUUCUUGUGGAAGAAGAGAACCGAAUGGAAAUAGAGGCAUCACUUUAAAAUGCUGGGGUGCCACUGAGGGAUUGCACGUGUGAAAAUAGUCAUCACAUAAAAAUGGAUGGACCAUCUUUUGCCCAGGCAGAUGAGCUUUCCAUCCUUCUCCUGGGAUGAUAUCUUCAAUGUCAUAUGAGUUUAUUUGACUUCACCUAAUCCAGACCCAUGUACAGACUCCGUAGCCAGAGGCUUUCCCCAGCCAGCAAUGUAUCCAAAAUCAUUUUGAGGGAAGACUGUGGGGCUUACACAUCUGAAUUCUGACUUCUUCACAACUUUUCAUUGCAUGAUACUCCUGUGUUAGCAAGAAGCAAAGGCACUAAUGAUGAUAACAUUUAGAUAAAGUUAUUUUGAGUCAGUUGACAUUUAAAAAAAAAAAUCUUACAGAAAUCUAGAGAACUGAUAUUCAUCAGAGAUAUUCGGUAAUAAGUUCUAAAUCUUAAUAUAAUUUUGACCUGAAGUCUUUUCCUAUCAAAAUGAGUAUUAACAAGUCCACACAUGUCUAUGUUAUAUACAGAUUUAUAAUUGCUACUCACCUUUUGAUUUAAAAAUGUAUCUGAACACAUUUUCCUUAAUUGUACUACGCAUAUAUUUUUCCUCCAUUACUGCAAAAUCUGCCCCCCACCCCAAUCCUAUCUGGUAUCCUUGUGUUUUUCCACAAAGACAGUAGUACAGACAUUUUUAGCCACCAAGAGAAAUAAUGUGAAAUGAUUUGUACAGUUCUCUUUUCACAGUCUCUGUUUAUUCCCUAGCAGAAUCACCUCACCUCCCAAGGGGGGAUUAUUUACUUGCAAGCCAGCAUUCUACUGAAGGCGUGGAUGAUGUUUUAACUGUAUGACAGUUUC